AUGGAAAAAUCAGUAAAAGUCAAGAAACCAACAGAUGAGGUAUUAAUUCGCAAUGCCUUUAAUGCUUUACGAAUGGAACAAAAACAACUAGCUACAAAAUUGUCUGAAAUCGAACUUGAUCUCAAUGAACAUAAGUUUGUUGAUUUGUAUUAUAUUACAUUAUAUAUUUUUCCCUUACAUAAAUACAUUAAUAAAUAUUUUUACAGUACUGUUAUCGAAACUUUAAAAAAGUUGGAUGGUGGCAGAAAAUGUUUUAGGUUAAUAGGUGGAAUAUUAGUUGAAAGGAAUAUUAGUGAUGUACUACCAACACUCAUUAAGAACAGUGGAGAAGUUAGUAUUUUUUGUUAUCAUAUUAUAAGGUAGAUAAUUUUAUAUAUAAUUUUAAGUUAAUCAAUGUAAUCAAAGCUCUUUGAACAGAGAAAAUUAGUAAUUGCACACUUAGGAUUCUAAGCAUCUACUUACAAUAAAUAAUAUAAAAUUGGAACAUUUCUACUUUAUUGGACACGCUUUAUUUUUGAAAAUUGGUUUUCCUAUCAUAUUUCUUUUAUGAUUAAAAUUUUUAAAGCUACUAUUAUUAAAGAAUUUGGUGUAAAGAAAAUGUCAAUAACUACAAACUGUCAAAAGUCCGUAUUUUUUAAAUUUUUAACCCUUUCACGAAUUCCAAUUAUGUUUACACUUUUAUCAGUGAGUUUUUCCAUUGCUGAAUGUAGUUUUGAAGUUAUUUUUAUUUUUAUUUGCACGCUUGCACAAUAUAUUAUCUUCUCGGUGUGAUGUUGCAUAAAAAAACUGUGAUUUAUUUAAUAAAUUUAAGCCCAUAUGUCUUGUAGUACAUACUCCUAAAUAUGUGUUGUGUAAUAUUUUUUUACUUUCACAUACCCAGCAACACUUCCUUGGUCUCAAGCAAUUGUUUGAUGUUAAUCUUAUAAAAACUGGUAUUUUCAUUUUUGCUCUAGCAGGUAACAUACAUACAUAUUACACGACAAACACAAUACAUAAAUUCAUGGUAUACAUAAUUAUGUGUAAAAAUAAUUAUGAAAUUUAUCAAUAUCAUUUUCUAGUACCUGAUAUUUAAUGUCUGUAUUUAUAAAUAAUUAAGGAGUUUUGCAAUGUCAUUAGAAAAUUAAAUAACCAUAUUUUCUUUGUUUACAAUAUAACAAUAAUUUUAAAAUUUUUAACAUAAUCUGGGCUGUAUUUACAUAUUGACAUCUUACCUACAGGCCUGUAAAAAAUUGACCACCUAAAUUUAAUAUAAUUUAAAUUAUUCGACAAGGAUCCCAAAAACCCACUCCUAGUCUUGGAGAACAAACUUAAUAUUGAGAACAAACAUUUGUUUUUCCAUUAAUAAAUUUGCUAUUGGAUAUACUUUUAUUAUAUUUGUCUAAUAGAAAAAAGGUUGUAUUAAACAUUAUGAUAUGUAACAAUUUAAUUUCAGAUGAGAAAAAUAAUAAACACAUUGAAUGAUCAGUUAACUAAAAAGGGAACAGAAAUAAAUGAAUUCAAGCAAAAACACAACAUACAAGUUGGAGGAAGAGGAUUUAGCCCAAUGAUGACAGAGACAGUUGAAGGUCAAAGUGGAGAAAAAAAAAUGAACAUGGAGGUUUAGUAAUUGAUAAUAAUGUUUGAUUUUUACUUUUCUUUAAAUCUAACAUUUUAUAUAUGCUUAUUAUAAAUAUUUAAUGUUGCUUUUGGGUGC